AGGAUUUUGGUCGUCACGUCAUCGGGAAUCCGCGCCUUUUGGGUAAGGGUACAUCAUCACGCCAUACAGGGCUCAGAUUCGGGCAUGCGUGGCAUAGCGCAUAUAAUAGACAUUGGUUGCUAGAUAAAAUAUCAGAUUGAUGUAAAAUAAGCAGAAUACUACGCUGCCUGUUGUGUUCCACCUGAACAACAAGGACUGAAGAAUAAAUCGCAAUGUCGGUACCACCAGUCCAAGGCGACAUCCCUGUAACCGACAACGUCACCGAAGGCGGCGCGGGCCACUUCAAAGUAAUCGAGACCAAGGGACACCACGACACGUACUUGAGCGAACAGUCCGAGCCCGAGCAUGACGGAUUCGACGGGAAUAAUCCCUUCGAGAACCCCGAUCAUGCGGAGCAUUGGAGACAGCUGUACGAGGACGCACAAUACGAAUGUCGCCAUGUGUUUGAUGCGGCAUUGACCUGGACCCAGGACGAAGAGAAGAGGAUUGUUCGGAAGCUGGAUUGGAGGGUUUGUCUUUGGGCUUGUGUCAUGUUCUUUGGUCUACAGGUCGAUCGCGGAAACCUGGUGCAAGCCGUGUCUGACAAUAUGCUCGACGAGCUUGGCUUGAAUACAAAUGACUACAACUAUGGCAACAGUGUCUUCUUGAUUUCCUUCCUCUUAGCUGAGCUGCCUUCACAAUUGGUAUCGAAGAAGUUUGGCCCAGACCGAUGGAUUCCUAUGCAGAUUUGUUUGUGGUCUAUCGUUGCAUGCUCGCAAUUCUGGUUGAAUGGGCGUGGCAGCUUUCUUGCGACGCGAGCUCUUCUGGGCGCCUUAGAGGGCGGGUUCAUCCCAGAUGUGGUGCUGUGGCUUAGCUAUUUUUAUACUUCGCGGGAACUACCCAUUCGACUUAGCUAUUUCUGGACGACACUAUCCGUGACAUCUAUUGUGACCUCCUUGUUAGCCUUCGCCCUGCUACACAUGCGCGGUGUCCUUGGCUACUCUGGAUGGCGCUGGCUCUUCCUCGUCGAAGGCCUAAUAACCCUUAUCGUCGGAAUCUCGUCCUUCUUCUACAUGCCCGCUUCCGCCGUGCAGACCAAAACAUGGUUCCGCCCCAACGGCUGGUUCACCGACCGCGAUGUUUCCAUCGUCGUCAACCGCGUGCUGCGCGACGACCCUUCCAAGGGCGAUAUGCACAACCGCCAGCCCAUCACUCCCGGAAGACUCUGGGAAGCGUUGAAGGACUAUGAUCUCUGGCCGCUGUACGCGCUGGGCUUGGUUAUAUUUAUACCGCAUGCGCCGCCGUCUAAGUAUAUUACGCUUACGCUUAAGUCGUUGGGGUAUGGUACUUUUAAUACGAAUCUAUUGACUAUUCCGUCUAGCAUUGGUCACAUCGUUACACUCAUCGUCAUCACCCGAGUCUCGGAAUACUUCAAUGAACGCACCCUGGUUUCAAUGUCCCAGCCUAUUUGGACUUUGCCAUGCAUGAUUGCGUUGCGCUUUUGGCCUGGGUCCAAUACCGACGCAUGGGGAACGUAUGCCGUGGUCACGGUUCUGCUCUCGUACCCUUACUGCCACGCAAUCCUCGUCGGUUGGACCUCUAAGAACUCCAACAACGUCGGCACACGCUCUGUCUCCGCCGCACUCUACAAUAUGUCAGUCCAACUCGACGGUAUCAUCGCCAACUUCAUCUACGUCGACGAAGACAAGCCACUAUACAGGCGCGGCAACGCCGUGCUUAUCGGCAUCAAUUUACUCGCCAUUUUGCUCUUUAUAUUCACGAAGCUAUACUACGUCUGGAGGAACAACCAGCGCGAUAGGGUGUGGUUUGCCAUGACCGAAGAAGAAAGGCGGCAUUACGUCCGGACCACCACGUUGCGAGGUAGUCGACGGCUGGACUUCCGAUUCGCUCAUUAAGUUGGAGCUUCCAACUCAGAUUGCGCAAGAAUUGGAGAAAAAUCAUGUCGCGAUGUGAGGAUGAAUGUUUUCGUAAUAAAUGAGUGUAAGAGUCACCGUAGGAGUGCCUCCUAGCCGUGUUACAAAACUCAGCAAUAUUGUGAGAG